AUGGGAGUGUUUUUAUCUUUAUUUUUCAGAUAUGCUGCCGACACUUUGCAGGACAAGGAGGCGAGUCCUUCUUCCCGUUUCAAAAGCCGGGUGGACGUGACCGUCAAGGAGAUGUGGGUCUUUUUCGAGCUAGUGAUAGCCAUGGGCCUCGUCGUCAUUGACGAUCUCGACGAGUACUGGAGCGAGGACGAGAUCUUCAGCCUGCCACUGUUUCGAUCGAUAAUGAAGUGGGACCGUUUCUGCCUGAUUCUGUCCUUCCUUCAUGUUUGCAACAACAGGGAGCAGGUGCCACAAGGACAAGCUGACCAAGACCCGUUGUUCAAGAUCAGAAACUUUGUCACCAGCCUGAAAGACAACUUUCUUCGUGUGUUCAAGCCGGGAAGGAACAUCGCUUUAGAUGGGGCCACGGUGGCUUGGAGGGGUCCUCUUGCCUUCCGGGUUUACAACCCAAACAAGCCAGACAAGUCCUGCAUCAAAGAUUUUGAACUGUGUGACAGCGCAACGGGCUACUGCUCCAACCUGGAGUUUUCCACCGGGAAGCAGGACAGUUCAACGUUCGGAGCCACGUACGACGUCGUUGACCAACUCAAAACGCCUUUCCUCGGCUGUGGUCGUGUCUUGUACGUGGAUAACUACUACACAAGUCACGACCUCUUCACUUCUCUGAAGAACCAGCGCACUCUGGCCUGUGGAACUCUUCGACUGAACAAAAGACAUGGCCCCUCCGAAGUAUAUGCUCCCGAAACCGAAGAAGGGCGACCCCUCAGUCAGCCUCACUAA